AUGAAUGAUCAGGACAUACCCGUGACAACCUACACUGAUGUUUUGAUCGUGGGAGCAGGUCCGUCAGGCCUCAUGGCGGCGUACUGGAUGGCUCGCUGUGGUGUCAAGGCGCGUGUUGUUGAUAAACGAAGUACAAAGGUGUUUGUAGGGCAUGCGGAUGGACUGCGUCCUCGCACCCUGGAGUUGUUCGACAGUAUGGGAUUUCAGCAUCGUGUCAUGCAUGAGGCGUCCAUUUCAACCGAAGCAAACUUCUGGGUGCCUGGGGAGGGUGGAAAACUCACUCGAAAGGGUCCGUUCAACAUGUCCAGACCAGAUGAGUCCCCUUACCACAGCACACGAUUGAGUCAAGGCCGUAUUGAGCGUUUCCUUCUCGACAGUAUUCAAGAGCACUCUGAUCUUCAAGUGGAGCGGGACGUCAUUGCCGAGUCUCUGGAGUACGACGAGAACCUAGAGAAUGACCCGGACUCGUAUCCCAUCACGGUCAAGCUCCACCGUCAUGGAGGGACAGCCCCAAGUACACCAUGCGGCCAGAGCCAAUCUAUAUCUGAAGCGACUCGUGAGGACUUGGAGUGUCAGGGCUUGCUCCCCGAUGAUUGGAUUGACCAGACCCAGCCGAGUAAUGUGCAGUCGCAGGCUGAAAUUGUCCGAGCUAAAUAUCUCAUUGGGUGUGACGGCGCUCACAGCUGGACGAGAAAACAGUUGAAAAUUCCAGUGGAAGGUUCCAAUACGGAUCAUAUAUGGGGGGUGAUAGAUGUUGUGCCUAUUAGCAAUUUCCCGGAUGUUCGUCGCGUAAGCAUCAUCCACAAUGCCGCAGGGACAAUCCUCAUCAUUCCGCGUGAACGAGGCCUGGUACGCUUCUACGUUCCAGUGCACGUCUGCGAGGCAGGGUCGACAACCCGCUUCGACCGCUCGACAAUCACACCAGAGGUGAUCCGCACACGUGUCCAGGCAAUUCUUUCUCCAUUCACCUUCGACUUUAAAGCCUGUAGUUGGUGGACUGUUUACCAAGUAGGCCAGCGGAUCGCAAGCGAAUUCACCAAAGGGGAUCGCAUUUUCCUUGCUGGUGAUGCGGUGCAUACUCAUUCCCCAAAGAUGGGGCUUGGUAUGAACAUGAGUAUGCAGGACGGAUUCAAUGUCGGGUGGAAGGUGGCGCUUGUGGUUGCAGGAACUGUUCAGCCUGCAGUUCUGGCGACUUAUGAUCUUGAGCGACACCCGCUUGCGGAGAUGCUGCUUGAUUUUGAUCGGCACUGGUCGCCUAUGUUUACUGAUCGGAACCCUUCCGAGGAGAAGGAUACCAAGGCUGCUGCUAUGUUUGAUAUCGCAGGGAAAUUUGAGGAUUUUGCGGAUGGAUGGAAAGUUUUCUACCCUGGUAGCUGUCUGGUGUGUAAGCCAGGUUGGGAGGCCAUUGCUCGAUACAUCGUUCCCGGUGAGAGAUUGAAGCCAGUGAAGCUUCGCAAUCAGGCCGAAGGAGGAGCUGAAUGGACCACGAGGCUGUUGGAAAGUGAUGGGCGGUUCCACAUUCUUGUUCUGGCUGGAGAUGUCCGAAAUCCCAUGCAAAGGGGACGCCUGGAGGCAUUGUGCCAGAUUCUCACGGGACAAUCUGCAGCAACGCCAUCUCCCCUAGAUCGUUAUGUCUCAAUUCCUGGGCGCUAUGACAGCCCCCUCGAUGUCCUCACCGUUCACAGUGUGCCGUGGAAAGAGGCUGAGCUCUUUGAUUUCCCGGAUAUUCUACGUCCCUUGGGCCCAGUUCGAGGGUGGGCUUAUGACAAGAUCUGGUGUGAUGAUUCUUACAUCUUUGACCGUUAUUGUGAUGGGACGGCGUAUGAGAAAUGGGGAGUCGAUUGGAUUCUUGGAGCUCUGGUGGUUGUUCGCCCUGAUCAGUACAUCGGCUGGGUUGGGGAGUUAGGAGACGUGGAUGGGAUGACCGAGUAUUUGGAUAAGAUUCUCAUUAGAAAGUAG